UGCUUAUAUACCCAUUUUUUCUAAAUCGCCCAACUCACGUAUUAGAUUUACAGUUUUGAGUUAAAUUCCCAAACGCGCCAUAGCUCGUGAGCAGGCUAACGUGGUCACGUGAUCAACUCUCAGUCGUUUGGCUCGGUGAAGCGUCGUCCCAUUGGGGUUGUCCUUCUAUCUAGUGCAUGCUGUGUAGCAGUUAGCAUGUUUGUAGCAUGCGGCCAAACGCCCGUUAAAGAUGGUGCACCUCUGUAGAAUUCGCCUCCGUAAAUAUGGAAAUUUCGUGGACAACCUUCGACUGUAUGUCCGCGGAGGCGCUGGCGGCAUGGGCUUGCCCCGCAUUGGGGGCCACGGAGGAAACGGGGGAGACGUUUGGGUGGUUGCCACAAAGAGCAUGACCUUAAAGAAGGUCAAGGAAAAGUACCCUCAAAAACGCUUUGUAGCCGACGUAGGAGGCAACAGCAGUGUGCGUUCCCUGAAAGGACAGAGAGGGAACGACACUGAGAUUUUGGUUCCUGUGGGUGUCACAGUCACGACUGAUGAUGACAGGAUACUCGGAGACUUGAAUGCGGAGGGUGAUCGAGUACUUGUGGCCAAAGGAGGACACGGAGGCUCCUUCUCCUCCUCCUUCCUGCCCAGUAAAGGCCAGUCAAAGCUUAUCAGGCUGGACCUCAAACUCAUCGCUGACAUGGGCCUGGUGGGGUUUCCAAAUGCGGGAAAGUCGUCUCUGCUGACCGCCUUGUCUAAUGCAACCCCUCAAAUAGCCAGCUACCCAUUCACUACAUUGAAGCCCCAGAUUGGAAAAUUAGUGUACGAGGACCACAACCAGAUCUCUGUCGCGGACCUCCCUGGCUUGAUCGAAGGCGCUCACAUGAACAAAGGGAUGGGACACAAGUUCCUCAAGCAUGUGGAGAGAACCAAGCAGCUGCUGUUUGUGGUGGACGUUUGCGGCUUCCAGCUCGCAAGUCAAACGCCGUUCAGGUCCGCUUUUGAGGCCGUGCAGCUGCUCACCAAGGAGUUGGAGCUUUACAAGGAGGAGCUUGUGAGCAAACCAGCCCUACUGGUGGUCAACAAGAUGGACCUGCCCGAGGCCAACCACAAAUUAGAACAGCUGAAAGAGCAACUUCUCAACCCCGAAGAGUUCUGCCAUACGUUGCCCAAUGACAUGACACCGAAGAGUCACUUGGCAUUCAGGCACGUCGUUCCCAUCUCCGCCACCACCGGGCUCGGCGUCGACCGCUUGAAAGCGUUCAUCCGAGAGUCGCUGGAGGAAGAAGCCUCCGAGGCCACGGAGAUGUUCCGGCAACAAAGACUACAACUCCUGAGGCAACACUCACAAUAAGCGCGUGGACUCGUGUACUGUAUGUUAAGCAGUGGACUUUAUCAUCCAACGUUCAUAUGGCUUGAAGAGUUGUUUUAGAGAGCAGUCAAAACACUUAACAAAAUAUUCGAUACACCUCCGAAUCGGAUUCAAGGGCUGCAUCAAAGCAUUCUGCCUUUACAAAGAAAGCCAUUGUAAAGGAUUGAAACAAUCAGAGCGCUCAUGAUAUCGUUUCAAGAUUGUACUUUGUCAUGGUGAACAGUGACACUUGCAACUGGGAUUUAUUUGAUAUUCAUGUACUGUUGUUAACUAUUUUUCAAAGAAGAUAUGUUGAUUCUUCUUUGGCUGUGAGAAUUUCCCUUGAGGGAUUCCAAUGUAUCUAUUAAAAUAAUUUAAAAAAAAGUUUCCUUUUGCAAGACCUAAAAAAAUAGUCAUCCCACCUCAGAUGCUAGAAAAUGAGACUAUAGUAAGUUAUUUCAAAAACCUUCGGACGAUUAAUGUGACCUACAACAUGUACAAUUCAUUUAAAAAAAAUCUUUUUAAAAGAGGAAGUAAACAACGGAGGUCAUGUGGUUAAAACCCGGAAUGUGUCAUUUAUAAAAUUGAACAAACGUGUCGAUGAAAGAUUUAUUUUAUAUUAAAUAUUACAAUACAGAAUAAUUAGGACAAAAAAUAGGGGGCUUGAUUUUUGCAUCAGUCUGUACAGCAUACAGGCAAUAGUAAUUCACAAACAAAAGACAAGAGUGUCCACACAGGUAUGACAAGUGGGGCGAACAUCUUCCUUUGAAAUGAAAGGAUGUGACGUGUUGAUAUUUGGAGUCCUCCAGGGAUACAUUCAAUGGACAGGCAGUCCUGCGCAUGUCUGUUGGGUGAAUUUUUGUCCAUGACAUCAAGACAAACACAUUUCACCGAAUGUAAUGCAAUAUCAUCGUUAUUCUUAACAUUAAAAAGUUGUGAUGCUGAUGAAGAGCUCUAGUUGAAGGCAUUUCUCAUUCAUGGUCAACAACAAGCACUAAUGGGCAAAUCAAUGUGUCAGUCAUCAAUACAUCAAAUGACUCCUGUACUGACCGUGUGAGCCGCCGCCGCUGUACAUAAUGUCAAGAAUACAAAGGUACUUAAUCCAAAAUAUACUACAGUGGUCGCAAUAUUAAUUCAGUAGGGUGCCCUUCAUAGUAACGCUAAAGCCUAAUACAGACAUGAAUUACAAAUGUGCUAAACAAAAUGACACGAUUAACUGUACAAACAAUAAGUUAUGUCGUGUUUUAUUAACACCUCCUUCCCACCACUCAUAAAAUAGCAAGCGAAUGAAUUUUUUUACCGUUUGGAUUUCAUCAUUGACAUUUAAAGACAAUAAAAUUAGGUAAAGUGUUUCUCUGUCAUGCUCGUUUCCCAGUUAUGCUCCGUGUAGAGCACAGUUGUCAAACGCAAGGCCCGGGGGCCCGAUCUGGUCCACCACAUCAUUUUAUGUGGCCUGUAACACCAAAUCAAACAUGUUAACUUCCACGAUGUUACCAAAUUUACCUAGAUUCAUAUUCUCAUACAUAAUAAGAGAUAUUGUGAUCAUUUUCUUGUUGCCAAAUCCUUCACUACAGUAACUUAAACAACAUUGAAUAAACCGUUCUUCUUGACUUCUUUCUAUGGUCGCAGUCAUAACGGCCCUCCAAGGGAAAGGGUAACUAAAACGUGGCCCGUGACCAAAA